CUAACGUGGUCGCCACAAUGAAAUACUUCCGGGUUGUGGCUCUGAUAGGUAAACAAUAACAUGAGGGCAAAUCCAUAGACCAACCUUUCUACUUUGUGGAGAACAAACUAGAGUUGUGCGACUUUGGAAAACACGCUGGUCGUCCUAUUGUUUUUGAGUUAUUUUCUGGAAACACAUUUACCCUCUCUGCGGCCAUGUUGUUCCUCCGGACGGCGGCUCUCAGCUGCAGAGGUCUGACCGCUCUGCGCUGCAUGCCUGCCGGCUUCACCGCCUCCAGAACCACCGCUUCAUAUGUCCAAGGCCAGAGCCCGGAACCACGUAUCCGAGAAUACUUCUACUAUAUUGACCACCAAGGACAGCUUUUCCUCGAUGACACUAAAGUGAAGAACUUUGUCACCUGCUUCAAAGACGUUAAAUUCCUGGUGUUCUUCUUCAGUCGGCUGCGUUCAAACCAGAGUGGUCGUUACGAUGGGGACUUCCCCUUCCUGUCCCUGUGUGGCAGGGAGAGGAACUUUGUGCGCUGCGACGACCGUCCUGUAGUCUUCACCCACCUGCUGCAGAGUGCUGCGGGGGCCCCGGGAGUCCCUGGAGAUCAGGAGCUGCUGUCUUACUGCGGUGGUGCAGAUAAGUUGUCUGCCCCGUUCCGCCCAGAGGCACUGUACAUGCAACCUGUCAGUGGACGACUCUACCACCCCUGCUCAGAGCUUGCAGGGGGGGUCGGACUGGUCAGGUCUGCUCUGGCCAUCGAGCUUAGCCCAUACUUUGUUUAUCUUUCGGAUCACUGCCAAUCAGGACAGCCAACACACUUUCUCUGGGGUGGACAGAAGCACACAUUAACCAAUGAGCUCGCAGGAUGCUUCCCAACUGCUGAGAAGGGCAGCAGAGAGCAGGAUGAGCUGGGAUAAUGACCAAAUGAGUGAAAGGUGUGCCUUACAUUUUGAAAUGCUGUCCAGAUAAGCCGCUAGUGUCCCAUACGGGGAACGGGUGACGACUACAUUCUCACAGUGUGAUCAUUACUGUUUGGAGUCUGAGCUGAUGUAUCUUCCAAUACUAAUGUAUGUGGUUUGAGAGAUAUUCACUGAUGAUGCAGUGCUUUUGAAUGUAUUUUUGCUCGAAACCCCUCAAACAACGCACUGCAAAUUUCCCUAUGGAUUCUGUGGAUUAAUUAGAAUCACAUGUAUCGCUCUGAAGUGGUAUUACUACUCAGUAUUUCACAACUAAAAAAGCAGAGGUAGGAUUUUAGUGUGUAGCACCUUGCAGCAAUCAUCUCAAAACCUGUUGAUCCUGAAUGUGUUAGGUUGUGUCUGUUCAGUAAAAUAGUCACUAUCCUCUUAAGCAAGAUUCAAGAGAGAGGUUACUUUGCAAAUUGAGUACAGAUGAUUAUAUAUGUAACUUAAACAACAACAUAAAAAACACAGAUUAAUGCAUAUCCCACAAGGAUGUAACGUGUAAUAAAUCAUGUUAUUUUUUAAAACGCAACAUUUACAGAGGAGCAAAGUUCUGCAGCACAGCCUAUUGCAGUGUUUGGCUUUAAUUAAAUAUAAAGAUUGUAUAUUGUUGCAUUUGCUUGGAAAUAAUACAAAAAAAUGACUCAAAUAGUAUUUAAUAUUUUUGAAAAACAAUUAAAAACUACUGAACGAA